AUGGCAACCCUCUCUUUCGACCGCUCCUCACACCUUCGCUUCAGCGCCGCCACCGCAUCCGGUUCCUCAGACUGGCAUGCCGCCAACGCACCGAAGAUGUCCUCCACAAAACAAACUCAAGGAUGGAUCGUCGCUCCUCUCACUACACCUACAGCCAUGGACAAGAAAUCGAAUUCGAAAGCCGCCGCGGUGACGAUCGCUCCGGUUGAGGUAUCUCGGCCCCAGCGGUGUAGGGUCAGGAGGGGAAAUGGGGAUGCGGAUGGUCUCACCAGUAUUCGUGCAGAGGGUGGGGUGAGGGAGGUGGAGGUUGCGCAGAGAAUGGGAAGAAUGGCGAGGAGAGCCGAUAGAUUUCAACGCUAG